UACUCUUGGCACAGAGGCCUUUGUUCUGCGUACAGCCGCCCCCCAGAACGAGGCCAUUUCACAAUUUCUCCCACGGUUCAGGCGGGGGGGCAACAAAGAGAAAAGAGUCGCUUCCCAUUCAGUAACAGCGGACCGAGCGAAAGUCGCGUCAUCUUCCGGCGGUGUGGGGGGCAAAAACCAGGCUACUUCGAUGUCGCCAGCGCUGCACGGUGGAUAAGUGCAAAGAAGUGACCGCAACAGCAGUGCAACAACGAUGGAUUAUGUCUACAUGACGACGGCGGCCGGUGGCGAUCCGGGUAACCGUGGACCAGAGGACAUCAUAACGCUGACGAUGUACGACAACGAUCCAACCGGAGUGGCCGUGGCCGAGUAUCCGGAUGCGGUGGCCGAGUACAGUGCGUUCAACAUCGGUUCCGCUGAGCCAGAGUUUAUGGAGCACUCCAUGAUCCUGGCGGACGGGGGCGAUCGGUUCGGUGUGUCGACGGUGUGCUUCGACACGCAGGAGGAACUGGUCUGGAUGGGCAACCAGGGUGGCCACGUAACGUCGUACUACGGUGGGUCGAUGCAGAAGUACACCUCGUUCCAGGUGCACACCAACGAGGUCGUCCGGCAGAUCGCCACUAUCGAACCGGGCAUUUUGGCGCUCACGCCGACCUCCCUGCGCCAUCAGAUACGCCGCGGGUUGCCCAAGUUCACGUUCCGCUCGGAGCGGAUGGUCGAUAUGGUGUGCAUGAUCGAGCACGCGCCGGCCCGCCUGCUGCUCGGUGGCCACCAGAGUGACAUGAUCGAGUUCGACAUUGGCACGGCGAGUGAACUGUCCACCAGUGUGCAGGCCGGACCGGAUGGUUGUGCGAUACUCCGGCGUCACUCGCGGUACCUGUGCGCAGGGGACGCAUUCGGAAAGAUUGCCCUGCGCGACCCGAACACGCUGGCCAUCGAGCACGAACUGCUGACGCACUCGGGCAGUUUGUCCGACUUUGACGUGCAGGGAAACUAUCUCAUCUCGUGCGGGUUCAGUGGCCGUCAGGGCAAUCUCGCCAUCGAUCGGUUUCUGAUGGUGUACGAUCUGCGUAUGUUGCGGCUCGUGUCACCGAUCCAGCUGCUGGUCGAACCUCAGCUACUGCGCUUUCUGCCUUCCCACUGUUCCCGGUUGGCAGUCGUUUCGCCGGAAGGCCAACUGCAGCUGGUCGACACGGUGGAGCUGAGCGAACCGCGGGUUUGCAUGUUCCAGAUUAACACCACCGGAUCACAGUGCCUUUCGUUCGACAUUAGUUCCUCGAACCAAGCGAUGGUGUUCGGUGACCAGUCCGGGCACAUCAACCUGAUUUCGGCCGUCAAGAUCAACACACCGACGCUCGCGUUCAAUCCGUACUCGCGGGACACCGAAUUCGCCGACACGAUCGAACCGCCACCGUUCGUUCCGCUCACCGAUACCAACUUUCCGCUGUCGUCGAUACUGCUGCCCCAUCUAGCAACCGGCGACCGGUGGUUGAGUGAUUGGCCUGCUUGGAUGAACACGUACGAGUACCGGCGACCGAAACCGAUCGAUGCGCAAAUCCUUUCCACGAUGAAGAUGCAAGGACCGAUCGGUUACGCACCGAAUCCUCGCACCUACCUUCGCAAUCAGAUACCGUACCUGGUGGACGGAGCGCCGGGUUCCGGAGGGCCUGGCGGCAGCGGUUCCAGCGCGACCACCGCCGCACACAACUCAUCGGCCAAAGGUUCUGCCGGUGGUGGGCCCGUCGGUGGUAGCGGUGGCGCAGGUGGACUCGGAACGGAUCAACAAGGAAUGCGGCUCGUUCCGCGGCGCUACCGGAAGGUGGACGUUAAGUACAGCAAACUCGGCUGUCAAGAUUUCGACUUUGAACAGUACAAUCAGACCGGCUUCGUUGGGCUCGAAGCGAACCUGCCCAACGCCUACUGCAACGCGAUGCUACAGGUCCUGUACUUUAUCGUCCCGCUACGCACCGCCAUCCUGGCGCACUGCUGCUCGAAGGAGUUUUGCCUUUCGUGCGAACUGGGCUUUCUGUUUCACAUGCUCGACGUCGGCAGUUCGAGUUCCCCGUGCCAGGCGAGUAACUUUUUGCGUUCGUUCCGCACCGUACCGGAAGCGGCCGCCCUCGGGCUGAUCCUUUCAUCGGACCGGGCAUCGAAUAGUGCAAACAUCAAUCUGAUCAGCCUCAUCCAAAACUGGAACCGUUUCGUGCUGCACCAGAUCCACUACGAGUUGCUGGAGGCGAUGAAAAAGAACGAAUCGAUGCACUUCUACGAACAUCCGCGCCAUCAUCAGCUUGGGGCGGGACAAUCACCGUACGGCUCCGGGCACGAUCAGCACGAUAGUGUGCAAAAGUUCCAGAUCCUCAAUCUGGGAAGCGGAAAAUCAGGUUCCGGUUCGACGCAGCAACAGCAACAGCAGCAGCAGCAACAACAACAACAACAACAAACGGGAAGCAGCACGGCAAAGGAUGAAACGGAUAUAAGCCGGCUGUUCGGGACGCAACAACAAACGACCCACCGCUGCCUGAAGUGCAACACCGUUCGGGCGAAGGACAAUGUGCUGCUCGUGUGCAACCUGCUCUACCCGACCGCCACCACCAACAACGUCGAGGGCACGUUUGGCACGAUCCUGAAGCACUCGCUCGGCGUGGAGAAAACGACCCCGGCCUGGUGCGAAACGUGUAACAAGUUUACACCUACCAAUCAGAAAUCACGCGUCACCGAUCUGCCCGCCAUCUUGUCGAUCAACUGCGGGCUGGACAAUGAGAAGGAGCUGGACUAUCUGCGGCGCCAAAUGGCACGGCCUGCGCAGGGAGCAGCCCCAUCACAGCAACAGCCAGGGACAACGGGACAGGUUGGAUCGGGGACUAGCGCCGUGUCUGGCGAUCAGUCAGCUGCUGGAGGGCCGGUCACUUUCAAUGGGUCCAGCACGAGCACCAAAAUGUGCCGAUACGGAACAAACUGUUCGCGAGUCGAUUGUCAUUUCGCUCAUCCGCGCAAGUCAUCACCGUGUGUCAUUUCGGCCGCCCCUUCCGGGGUCACACACGGAAUGCAAAAGUCCUGGUUCCCGCUCAGCUUCCAGAUGCUGCUGGACGAGCAACGGAAUUUGGAAAUAAACUCGAUGCGAACGGCAUCGCACGGGGAACCGGUGCUGGUUACACCCAGUGCCCAGGAGCCACCUUCCACCGUAUCGCCAACCGGUGAGGCCGGUGACGAAAAACCAUCCACCGCUCCCGCAGCCGAACCGGAAUUGGGGCCGAAAGUCAGCAAAACGUACAACCUUUCGGCCGUGGUUUGCUACAUCAACGAUGGAGCCCAGCGUAACCUCGUGUCACUGAUCCACGUUCCCGCCAGCUACCACGAGCUAAAGCAACCGUCACAAUCGACGUCCUCGUCGGCGGCCGGUGGUUGGUACAUUUUUAACGAUUUUAGCAUCUCGCCCGUCACCGUGCAGGAAGCCGUUUGGUUCACGCUGGACUGGAAGGUACCGUGUGCCCUGUUUUACACCAACACCAGCUCCGUGAGCACCGAACUCCCGCCGUCGGACUGUGAGUCCAUACGGGAACGGGUUACGGCACAGUACAUGAACCCGUUCACGCACGAUCUGUUCGUCGAGGACGUGCACGGCGAUGAUGGGCGGCUAGUGACGGGUCUGGAGGCAAACGAAGAAGGCGGACCGACCGAAACCGACACGCACGACGACAGCGCCGGCAGUUUUAAGCCUCUCGGACGCAGUGAAAUCUUCCGUGCCGGUGAGCUCGUCGCGAUGGACGCCGAAUUCGUGACGCUCAAUCCGGAGGAGAGCGAAAUACGGUCCGAUGGCAAGAUGUCGACGGUGAAACCGAGCCACAUGAGUGUGGCCCGCAUCACGUGCAUCCGUGGGCAGGGUGACGAAGAGGGCGUCCCCUUCAUGGACGACUACAUCUCGACGCAGGAGCAAGUGGUCGACUAUCUGACAAAGUUCUCCGGCAUCAAACCGGGCGAUCUGGAUGCCAACUUUAGCAACAAGCGGCUGACGACACUGAAAAACUCGUACCAAAAGCUGCGCUAUCUCGUCGACAGUGGCGUCGUGUUUGUGGGCCACGGACUGAAGAACGAUUUCCGGGUCAUCAACAUCAUCGUGCCGCCGGAGCAGAUCGUCGACACGGUGCAUCUCUUUCAUCUGCCGCACCACCGGAUGGUUUCGCUGCGUUUUCUCGCCUGGCAGUUCCUGGGCAUUAAGAUACAGUCGGAAACGCACGAUUCGAUCGAGGACGCGCGGACGGCACUGCAGCUCUACAAGCACUAUCUGCGGCUCCAGGAGAAGGAUGAAUUUUCGCACGCCCUGUCCACGCUGUACGAAACUGGCAAAAAGUUGCAGUGGAAGGUACCGGACUGAGGAUGGAACACAAAAAAGCGAGAACAAAACGUGUGCGGUCUGUGGUGGCAAAUGUUUCAGACAUUCAUCAUUCAGUUUAUUAUAGACCACGGUCAGGUGUAACCAGGGCCACAGUGAAUACUCAAGGACACCCUGCAUGUGGGUAUCGCCGGCAACGACGAACAAACUUUUUUGGCCGCCUUACUUUUAAGAGGGGCUUUUUAGGAAUCCUCUACAACUAUAAGCCUUUUCCCUGAAGCACUGCUCCUGUCCAGUGUCCACCCUGCUGAAAAGUAUUUUUCGAAACAACAAACAUUUGCACAAAUCGAACUUUUUUCAUUUCGUUGCCGGUCGUAACAGCCGGUUUUCGUGUGCUUUAAGAUUUGAAAUAGUUGCACCGUUAAGACCGCACAGUUGUAUAAGUUGUAAGAUAAUUUUAACGAUAAUCAAUAAAUAUGACUUGACCUAAAAGUACAACUCGUUAGCGACAUUCUUGAAGAGAGAGAGCUAUAGCGACGAAUGUAGCAAAGUACAGUAUCGAUCGUUCCCAAAUCAAUUCACUCAU